CAGUGAAGCUCCUCCCACAACAAUCACACCUUCAGUGAAGCUCCUCCCACUGCAGUUCAGCAAUAAAUGCUGGAAUAUUCCCAUCAGUCUACAAGUGAAGACGAGCAUCAAAGCAUCAGGAAGAAGUGAAAUCUGCAGAGACAGAGUUUAUUGAAGGACAGAGAGAACAUGAGAGAUCCAGAACCCUGCAGAAUGAAACACACUGAAGAACAAACAGAGUUGAUUGAAGAAAACGAGGAGCAUGAAGAACUGAAUGAAGAGGAGAAACAUCACGUCAAAACUGGAGAAAAACCUUUGAGUCGCUCUCAAACCAAAGAGAAAGAUUUAAAGAAAAGAAGAGCCAAGAAAUCUUUCACCUGCACUCAGUGUGGAAAGAGUUUGAAAUGCAAACAGAAACGUAAGAUUCACAUGAGGAUCCACACUGGAGAGAAACCAUACACAUGUGAUCAGUGUGAGAAGAGUUUCAGACAAUCAUCACACCUUAAGAGACACAUGAUCAUCCACACUGGAGAGAAACUGCAUGAAUGUGAUCAAUGUGGAAAAACAUUUUUGAGGGCUUCAUGCCUGAAGGAUCACCUGAAAGUUCAUACGAAGGAGAAACCACAUUCAUGUUCUUUGUGUGGAAAGAGUUUUUCACAUCUGCACAGUUUAAAAGUACAUCAGAAGAUACACACUGGUGUGAGAGAAUAUAUGUGCUUUGAGUGUGAGAAGACUUUUAUUACAGCUCAACAAUUGAAACGGCACGAGAGGAUCCACACUGGAGAGAAACCUUACAAGUGUUCACACUGCGACAAGAGAUUCAGUCAGUUAGCAAGUCUGAAAUCACACGAGAGCAUCCACACUGGAGAGAAACCGUAUCGCUGCACUGUAUGCGGGAAGAGUUUCACUCAUUCAUCUAAUCUAUGCAGGCAUAACAAAAAGAUUCACAGUCAGUAGAUCAUCUUCAGAUCCAGCACUUUCAGGUGUGACGUCGCGUCCUCCCCAAACGUGACACAAUAAUGCAUCUAGAAAUAAAAUCUGUUCUGUAUAAAUCUGUCCUAACAAAGAAACAUCAUCUAAACUCACAGUGAACAAAGUUCAUCUUCAAGACCAGCACAGUUUCAACUGUAACAUUUCUGUGGGCUUCAGCCUCUGAAGUAUCACCUGAAAGUUCAUUCAAAGGAGAAACACAUUCAUGUUAUUUGUGUGGAAAGUU